AUGGAGUUGACCAUCCAUCCAGCAGAUGUUACUGGUACUGAUAAGGGAACAUGUUUCAUUCUCUUAAAAAUCGCUCCUCCACUUGAAAUAAAAAACCCAAAAGGCAAGUUCUUGAAAGAUUCCCCAAGAUAUAUAAAAAUAAGAACCGUACGUGAUUCCUCCCCUGAUCGUAACGUAAAAUGUGAACGCUUUUGCAACGUCUAUUCCACUGCCAAGUUCUCCUCCACUGUUAAUAGCGUAAAAGCUUCCAUUUCUAUGCAUAAGCCGCACUCAACCUCUACCCCCAGAGCUCCAACACUCAAAUCUGACGAUCAUUGGGCCAAGUGGACUUCUCCAUCUCUGCCUUUGGUAUCUGAGAAGACGAAGGUUGGAAGUGCGUUGAGCGGUGCAAUAGUUGGCGCAUUGAUCGGACUUGGUGCGAGUAAUUUGGAUCUUAUUUCAUGCGAUCCUAAAGCGUAUUCAGUCGUGUUGGAAUUUUUGCUCCCAUUGGCUGUUCCACUGUUGUUGUUCAGAGCAGAUUUGCGUCGCCUUCUGCUUUGCUUUGCGUUGUUUUUUCUGCAUUCUUCUUUGCUAGGCAGUGUUCAUGACAUUUGUUUUCCCUAUAGUUGCAAGACAGUUGCAACAACAGUUAGAACAACAUUGGCAUAUCUCAUUGUGCCAAUGCGAGCACUUGGACAAGAUAGUUGGAAGAUAGCGGCUGCCCUCAUGGAUAGGCAUAUUGGCGGAGCCGUCAAUGAUGUUGCCAUUUCAAAUGCUCUUGGAGUUUCUCCAUCAAUUUUGGCAGCUGGACUAGCUGCAGACAACGCUAUCUGUGCGGUAUAUUUUACAUCAUCGUUUGCAUUGGCAUCAAAAGUACCCCUAGAGACUUCGGCGUCAACCGAUGAUGUUGUGACGGCUGAGGGAUCUGAAUCCGGUGGUAAACUCCCUGUUCUAAAGAUAGCAACAGCUCUUGCAGUAUCCUUCACCAUUUGCAAAAUUGGGGCUUUUCUCGCAAAUUAUUUUUGGCAUUCAGGGAGGUAGCCUGCCAGCAAUUACAGCAGUGUAAUUCUGGCAACUCUGUUUCCAACCCCAUUUGGUCAUCUUGCACCAGCUGGGGAGGUUGUGGCUUUAAUUCUGAUGCAGGUGAGUCAACUUUAUUAGAUGUUGCUUGGCUCCAAGUCCAAUUUUUUACCAACUACUUUUGAAAAAAGGGAUUUGUUGUGUAACUUUAAGCUAUUGUAGCAUAAUCAUCAUCCUAUUUGCUGUUUCAGAUCUGUUUGCAAAUGACAUUUUUUCUGCAACUUGUGGUCGGUAAACAUGUAUUUUUUACAGUGGUGGGUGUAAGUGGAAAUGUAUGAAGUGUCAUCAACACAGCACCCAUUAUACUCAUGUUUUCUUUGAUCCAGAUUGCCAUACAUCUGGCUGUGAUCCUGGGAUUAGGGAAGCUAUUUCGCUUUGAUCUGAAGCUGUUGCUUAUAGCAUCAAAUGCAAACGUUGGAGGCCCGA